AAAAAAGCAUUAAAAGGACGAUAAGAUGAAAAUAGAGGAGAAUAAAGAAGAAUAUAAUCCACAACAUCUGACAACAGAAAAAUUUCACACUGAUCAAUCUAAAACAGAGACUGGUACCUCCCGAGAUAAUAAAGAUGAAGAAUUAUCCAAUGUCCCAAGCGAAAAAGUACUUAAUGCUUCAGAGGUAUUAUCAAAUGAUUCAAAGGUGAGCGAUGAACAACUAAACGAUGCUAUACUGAAAGAUAAUGAUACUACGAUCGAUAAAAUAUCAGGCGCACCUGACAAAAUCAAUGAAAAUGGAACAAAAACAAAGAGAAUGAAGCAAAGCGAAGUUCUAGUUAAUCAAACCAUGCCAGAUAAAACAACUGAUCAGGCCAAAGAUGGUGGUACAAAAACGAAAAAAAUGACAGAAAGCACAGACGCUUCUGGCAAGGGUAAAAGAAAGAGAUACAAGUUGAAAUGCAAAAACUGUACGUGUGAAAAUUGUCCGCUUAAAGAAUAUCAAAAAAAGAAAAAGGCAGGUAAACUAGAAGAAGUGGUUGGGCCUGUUUGUAAGUGCGAACCAAAAUGCGCUUGCAUGGAUUGUGAAUACAUAAAACGCUUACGAGAAUUACUUUGCAAUACCGUUUGUGGAGGAACACCAAAACCAGAAAUAGAAACUCCAGACCCAGGAAGAGAUACUCCUGAGCCAGGAACAAAUAAUAUUCCAGAACCAGUAAAAGAUACUCCAAGCCCAGUGACAGGUACGCCAGAACCAAAGACAUAUAAGCCAAAACCAGGAACGGAUACUCCAGAACCAAAAACAGAUACGCCAGAGCCAAAAACAGAUACGCCAAAACCAGGAACGGAUACUCCAGAACCAGGAAGGCAUACGCCAGAAACAGCAACGGAUAAUAAAGAAACAGAUACUCCAAAAACUCCAACCAGAAAUUGCUUGCCCUGUUGUUGUCCAGAAUUGAUACAAAAGAAAAGAAAAUGUAAAUGUAUAUGUGCUGGAAAAAGUGGUACUUUUGAUGGCAAUCCUACAGAUUCAGCGAAUGAUAGAUUGACCAGAGAAGCAAGCAAGAAUCAAUCACUUACACAAAUUAGUUCAGAAAAUGGAAAAACACGUAAAAAACUACUACUUGCAGAUAAUGUUCAAGAUAAUGUGCAAUCAGCUAAGGAACACUCAAAAAAUGUUCGACACAGUGAAACAAAAUCGAAAGAUCAACCAGACUCAAAAUAUGAUAUACAAUAUGUUUCAGUAAUAUUACCAUCUUCCGAUACUGCAUUAAAAAAUUGUUGCAAGUUAUGUAGGGAAGAAAAUAGAUUCUUCGAUUCAAAAGAAGAAGAAGUCGGUUGCCCAAAAGAACAAGAAGUAGGUUGUCCAAAAGAACAAGUGGAAAGUUGUCCAAAUGAUUCAAAAUCUACUGAAAGUGGAGAAGGCAAUACGAAGGAUGCAGAAGGGGCUUAUUUUUUUACACGGAAGGGUGUAGCAAGAAAAAUUCGUGGAGAAGUUGGAGUGUUCAAAAGACAAAAGAAAAAUUUGUAAAUUUUAAGAAGCCAAACGAAAAUUUGAAUGCAAAUGCAAGUCAUGUAAAUGUGAUGCAUGCCCAACAUUAGCAGCUAAACUUAGAACUACAAAUUGUAAUUGUGCGACUUGCGAAUGUGGUGAAUUACAGAAAAAAAUUGAAGAAAAAAUCACAGAAUUAGAGGAAAAAAAAGCAACUGCAAAUAAUCAUGAUUUAAAUUUUGGUACAAUUAAACCAUGCUUAUGUCAACCAAAAUGUAGGUGUAAAUUAUGCCCCGGUCGUGAACAAAAACCUGAUCCUAAGGAAAGGCAAGAAUCUUGUUUAUGUAGUGAGGAUUGCUUAUGUACUGUAUGUGCAUAUAGAAGGCCUAAAAAAUUUCCUUUUGAAACUGUAAAAUCAUGCAAUUGUUUGCUAUGCAUAUGCAAUACAUGCCCUGGUUUAAAAGAGUAAAUUUGAUAAUAAUUUUAAAAUAAAAUUAUUCUAUCAAUUAUAUCUGAAAAUUAUGCCAAUUUUAUAAUACUUAGCUCUAUUAUGAACAUCUACAUUUAGUUUGU